GCCGCGUUUCGGGCAGGAGGCGCGGCGGCAGUUGUCCCUAGGAGCGGGCCCCACGGUGGGUCAUCGGGCGCGGAGCUGCCCCGCGGCCGCUCGCCCGCCUUCCAUUUCCUGAUCCGGGGUCCGCGGCCCCGCGCGGUAAUUGGCGCUGGCGGUCAGGUGGUGGCGGGGUGGCGGGGGGCGCGGGGGGGUGCGGGUGUGUGUUGUGUGUGUUGUAGGCGCUCCAGGGGUGGGAAGAGAGGAAGGGAGGGGAGUGCGGCGGGGAGGGGGAAGCUAGAGGCCCAAACUUUGGCAGCGGCGAGCACUUGACAGCAGCGGGAGGGGGAGAGGGAGGGAGGAGAGGGAGGGGGGAAGGGGAGGGGCCUCGCCGAGCCCAGAAAAACGACAACGCGAGAAAAAUUAGUAUUUUUGCACUUCACAAAUUAAUGACCAUGAGUUCGUUUUUGAUAAACUCCAACUACAUCGAGCCCAAAUUCCCUCCCUGCGAGGAGUACACGCAGCACAGCGGCAGCACCGGCAGCUCCGCCAGCUACCACCCGCACCACCCGCACCCGCACCCGCACGCCCCACCGCCGCCGCCGCACCUGCACGCCGCGCACCCGGGCCCGGCGCUGCCCGAGUACUUCCCGCGGCCGCGCCGGGAACCGGGCUACCAGGCUCCCGCGGCGCCCCCGGGGCCGCCGGGACCUCCUCCCGAGACGCUUUACCAGGCGCAGGCACCCUCCUACCCCCAGGCGCCCUACAGCUACAGCAGCGCCGGCAGCGCCGCCCCGGGCCCCGAGCAGCCGCCCCCGGGCGCCUCGCCGCCGCCGCCCGCCAAGGGCCACCCCGGCCCGCCCCAGCCCCUGCUACCAGGCCAUGCCCUGCAGCGCCGCUGCGAAGCGGCCCCCGCCGCCGGGGCCGGCACCGGGCCCGGCUGCCCGCUGCUGCCUGACAAGACCCUGCCCGGGAUGAAGGGGAAGGAGCCGGUGGUCUACCCCUGGAUGAAGAAGAUCCAUGUGAGCACGGUCAAUCCCAAUUACAACGGAGGGGAGCCCAAGAGGUCUCGCACUGCCUACACCAGACAGCAGGUCCUGGAGCUGGAGAAAGAGUUCCACUUCAACCGCUACCUGACCAGAAGGCGACGCAUCGAGAUCGCACACACCCUCUGCCUCUCCGAGCGCCAGGUCAAGAUCUGGUUCCAGAACAGGCGCAUGAAGUGGAAGAAAGACCAUAAACUGCCUAACACAAAGAUGCGCUCCUCAAACCAGUCCACAUUGAGCCAGCAGUCCAAAGCACAGACACAGGGCCACCCCCAUCCUCUCGAUGGGGCUACACCCAACGCGGCCGCUCUAUAAAUACGGGUUUGUUGUUUGUUUCUUUGUUUAUAUAUAUAUAUAUAUAUAUAUUUACCUAUCUAUUGGGGUUUUCCAGCUGCCCCGUGGUGGAGGCUGGCCGUUUGGACCAAACAACUGUGUAAAACAAAACAGGAGCAGAAGACGAAGACGAGACGUGCCCAAGAACGGGCACAUGUUUAAACCAAAAGCCGGACGAUUGUCUACAUUGUAUAUAGAUAAUGGUGUCAUACCCAUCAUUUUUUUUCUAUUUAUGGAAACGCUUUCUUGCCCUCGAUGUAAGAGAGAGCUGGAUGUUGUUAUGGACGAAUUCUCUGUACCUAAGACGGACUUCUUUUUUUUUUUUUUUAAUUAUUUUUAUUAGAACACUUUAAAAAUAAAGGACGGUUAAAAACAAAGACCUCGUAAGACGCUUGUGUAAGGCAUUGACUUGAACAGCGCUGUUGCGUGUUGCGUUCGUGGAUUCCCGUGUGUGUAUGUGAGGGUGCACAUGCACAUAUGCACACACACCAACACGGGAGAGAGAACGUUCACGUCCAGGGGAGGUUAAAGACUUAGGAAAAAUGUCCCCCUUUACGCCGUCUAAAGGAAAACAUUUUAUGUAUCAAAGGUAACUUAACUGGUUUUAAGUGUAGACCCUGCGGUAGCUGUGUUCUUUUAGUUUUUCUCCACGUUCGCUAUUGCAUUUAUUUAAAGAAAUAUUGCUAUAAAGGCUGUUGCUGUCUUCAUAUUUGGCACCGUCUAAAUCGUUUGGGACCAUGUACAAUUUGUGGAUUUUUGGUGUAAUGUAUAACAGUGCCAAAUGUUGGUAAUAAAGGUUAUUCUGUACAAAAGAAUUAAAUGUUUGAAACACAAGUCUACUUAGUGCUGU